AUGAAUAUUUUAGGUAAACAACCACCUGCAUCAUCAUUAGCAUAUAGUUCAUUUUCAAAUAAUUUUGAUAUUGGUAAUCAAAAACCGAGGAACCAGUGUUACUGGCAUUCACCAUCCUAUCGAUGGUAUUUUGAUAUUGCCGCUGAUCGUUGUAUUCAAUUCAAUUAUUUGGGUACAGCAGGUAAUGCGAACAAUUUUGAAACAAAUCAUAUAUGUUUGGAUAUUUGUGGAAUUGGGAAUACUAGUGAUGUUAAUAUUUGUCUACAUCCAAAAGUACCGGGUACUGGUCCGUAUAAAAUUCCUCGCUUUUACUAUGAUGCACGAAAUAAUGCUUGUAAACAAUUUGUUUACACUGGAUUUGGUGGCAAUAAUAAUCGUUUUGCCAAACAUCAACAAUGCUCAGAAAUAUGCUUAAAUUCUGGUAAGAAGAGCAAAAAUACAUCAUCAUUUAAUGAUGAAAGAUAG